AUGGAGGCCGCCGCGACAGCCAUCCCCCUCGACACCCCUCCCCCUCAACCCCUCACCCCCAGGUUCCUGCCCAAGUUCAAGAAGCGCAACGUGCCGCGCCGCAAGCCCCACGUGGUGCGCGAGAAGAAGGCCUACACGCCCUUCCCCCCGCCCCAGGCGCCCUCCAAGGUGGACCUGCAGCUGGAGAGCGGGGAGUACUUCCUGUCAGAGAAGGCGCGGGACGCCAAGAGGCGCGCCGCGCGGGAGGAGGCGCAGCGCGACAGGUCGGACGCGGCCAAGCGGCGGCGGGAGGAGGCGUUUGUGGCGCCAAAGGAGAAGAAGGCAGGCGAGCAGCAGCGGGAGGGGGCCGGCGGCGACGUGAAGGCGCUGGCCGCGUCGCUGAAGAGCAAGGCCGCGCAGCGCGGCGCGGACGCGGGCGCGGCGGCGGCGGCGGGGCAGCAGCGGGCGCGGGGCGAGGACGCCGCGCGGUUUCUGACGCCGCAGGCACGGGCGGCGGUGGGCGCGGAGGGGGGCGAGCAGGGGCAGCAGGAAAAGAAAAAGAAGAAGAAGCGGCAGCAGGAGGACGCGGAGGAGGGCGGCGGCGGCGGCGGCGGCAGCGUGGCAGCGGAGGCGCCCAGCAGCAGCAAGAAAAAGAAGCGGCGGGACCGGGAGUGA